AUCUUCCGCCCCGCUCCGCCUCCUUACGACAAGUGACGACAUCGUCUCGCCUCCCCCAUUGGCCGGCUUCAGCUUCCGCAAACUAGAGCCGCGAGGACGGGAAAGAGCGAGGCCGGCAUGUUCGUCCCUUUGAGGUGGCUCCGCGAGCCGCCCCGUCACCUGCUCGUGUGCGAAAAGAGCCACGUGCGGCACGAGCGCUCCCGCCACGCGGCUCACGUGCGGGACCACGCCUUCAACUGCCGGGUGACCUUUUUGAUCCCUGAGUGUGGAAUAGUUCCGGAAACAUUAAAAAGUGCAGUUACAAGUCUUGGGGAGUACUACUUGGUUAAAAACUUACGUCUGCAUGAGUUAGUUACAGAGGAAUUUAUUAACACAUUUGUGAAGAAAGGAUCGUGUUAUGCUCUUACAUAUAAUACAAGAAUUGAUCAAGACAAUACUGCUGCUUUGCUGCCAACAGGCAAACUGAUUUUAUCAGUGGACAAAGACACUUAUGAAGAACUUGGUUUGCAAGGCCAUCCAUCUCGGUAUUCCGGCAAAAAACAAAUGAGAUACAUUAUUAAUGUUGACUUGACUGAACCAAAUUUUGGUCCUGAUAGUAAGAAACAUAAGAGAGUGAUCUGGGCCCUGAAGGAGAAAAAGCCUCUAGAAUUUGACUUCCUACUGGCUUGGCACCACACAGGGUCAGAAAAAUCAACAUUGAUGUCAUACUUUUCCAGAAACCAAAUACAGGCCUUGCAGCCAACAGUAACAUUCAACACAUUAAGAAAUGUGCAGUGUCCAGUGCUGGAGAAUAAUACACUGAAAGGAGAACCAGAAGCAGCAUGCAGUGCGCAGGAAUUCUUUGAAUGGCUAGGUGCCAUUCUCAGUUGUGUUGGCUUAGACAACACAUCCUCUAGCUUCUUAUCGACCUAUUCAUGCCCUCAACCAAGCACAUUUGUUGACCAGGUUUUGUUGUGUACAAUAACCGGCUUUAUUCUUCCAGAGAAGAUUAUGCACUUAUUGGAUGAAAUAUGCUGCUAUUUUGAAGAACCGAAGCUGGCUGAAUGGAUAUCUCUGGUAGUUCAUGGCUUUGCUGACAGCCCAGUUUCAUGGAAAGAAAGUGAACAUGGUUUCCUGAAAGGAGGAGAGAAUUUAUAUAACUUUGUCAUUUUUCGGAGCCUGGACUACUGGCUCCAAAUGGCAGUUGGAGCCCAUGAUGACUGUCCUUGAGUAACACAUGCAUACAUAUAUCGUCAUGCUCCAGCUCCCUGGUAGGCACGCCCCUUCUGGUGGCCAUCGCCCCAACUUUAGGGGUGGCUCCUGUUUUGGCUCCUCAGUUGGGGCUCGUUUCCUCUUAGGCUGGCUGGAUGUCUCCACUGAUUCCUAGCUCAUUUGCCCGCUCACUUCCCCUCCGGGUAAGUGUUUGGGGCAUGGGGCCAUCUAUCUUGGGGCCAUGAGACUUGCCUGGGGGUGGGGGGAGUUUGUGGAGCGAGUCCCAGCCACUCCUGGCUGGGACACAUAUACAAGGACAAUUAAUUACUGUUUCUAAAAAAUAGAUGACAUGAUCUACCCAAAUUUAAAAGCAAUUGAAGGGAAAUAAUGUGGCGCUUCAUUAUUUAUUUUUUAAGCCCACAUUUUUUCCAGAACAGUUAUUGCUUCUGUUUGUUUUUUAAUUGGUUAAAAUUUAAGUGUUCUGUUGCUAUCCCUCAAAGUUCAGAAGUACAGACAAUGCAAAACCUGGAAAAAUGAGAUGUGACCAUUGCAAUCCCAAUAGUUAUAAGCCAAACCAAAAAAGCUAUUGAAAGAACUCAUGUCAAAAAUGUCCACUUUCCCCCCUUUGCAGUCAACUGGCAAUAAUAGGGGACAAUGCAAAGAGUUUACAAAUUAAAAGCAGACUUGUCCUAUUUUGGGAUACAUAUCUGUUUAAAAAUGCUGUUUUUAAUAAUGUGUUUUUAUUAUCUGCAUUUUAGUUGUGAAAAAUUACAUGUUUGGGUUGAGGUUAUUGUGAAAAUAAUUUGAUCUGUAAAUAAAAACACUUUGUAUAA